CGACGAGGCGUGCAUGCGAGUCCCGACUUGCGUGAAGGGUCAGAUUUCCUUACGGCGAACAGGGGCGGCGCCAUCGGCCAGCGGCCCGCUUCGGCACGGCGCGGGCGGGCGACGCGGCUCGAGCUGCCCCGGGGCGCGCGGGCGGUGGCGUGGAGGUGAGCCGGGGGCCCGCGGCGGCCCGCGGCCGGCAGCCCCCCGCGCCCGGCGCGCGCCGGCAGUGGGCUCCAGCUCCGGGCAGGUCGAGGAAAUGGCCCGCGACAGGAGCAGCAGCGAGGAGUCGAAUAGGAAGGCGAAGGCCAAAGACAAGAAGGACGCUGACAGGAAGCGCGACGACAGGAAGAAGGAGGAGGAUUCCAAGAGAAGGGAUAAGUCGGCGGAUGCCAAGAAGGACAGGGACAGGGAGAAGGGCAAGGAGAAGGAGAAGGAGAAGGACAGAGACCGCAAGGACAGGAGCCGCUCGCGCGAGCGGCGCGACGACCGCCGCAAGGAUGACCGCAAGGAAAAGGAGGACCGCAGGGACGACCGCAAGGACCGGCGCGACGACCGGGACCGAGACCGGGACCGCGAGAAGGGCAGGGGCGACAGGGACCGCAGUCGCGACCGCGGCCGCGACGACCGACGCGGUGCCGACAAGCGCAGG